AUGGCUGGAGCAAUGGCGACAAGCUCCUGCAACCCGUUUGAAGAGCCGGAAUGGCUCAUAUGCCCGCUCUCCGCAUCCAUGUUUCGCGAGCCCGUUGUCAACAUGGUUGGUAAUACCUAUGAGAAAGACAUGUGCCAGAAAGCGAUUCGGCAUCGAUUGGUUGAUCCGCUGACCAACCAACCGCUGCCAGAGCCUGAUGGGGGGCCGCUACAUCCUAAUCGUGUGGUGCGGGCUGAAGUGGAAGCGUUUCUUGCGUCCCACCCAGGCUAUGUGCCGCAUGGUUGGCCAUCCACUCCUGCACCCGCGGCUCCUUGUGCUGCAAAGCUGGCACGCGACUUCAUGGCGGACACGUGGGACCUGGUGCAGGGCAAUUGCGGCCCUGGGCUUUGCCUGCGGGGAUGUCUUCGAAUGGCAUACUCGGUGGCCUUUGCUUGGCGUUCCGUGCUGCCGGAGUACGAACCCAGGACAGAACAGUCGCGAGAGAUUCGGCAUGUCAGCACUGUCAUGGGUAUGGCUGCGGGUCUAUCGUCAGGCCGCAUUGGGUGGGGCCUGGCCAUUCGACUGGUUCGCGCGCUGUCAGGGGUGUGCCCACUGAGUCCCAUCACGCUUAUUGAGAAUCCUCACCAUGGCUUCAGGGCCUGGCUCCGUGCUGUUUACCGGCUCACUUGUCCAAUACCACUGAACUGGGGACCUGUUGUCGGCGGAGAGCUUUUGUUGGGCCGCUUCUGGAUCUUACGAUUUCUGAUAAAGGAGGCCAUUUGGGCCAAGCUGCCUAAUUCCAUCUUCUAUGCUGCCAAGUUGUGCAAAGAGGAUAUCUCCCACGGCCUUGUUCAGCCUCUCGUUGGACAUGCUGUCAUGACACCGCUUGCUCUUUUUGCGUGCGGUCACUUCGUGGUAGCUGGUCGUGAGAUUGGGUGGAAGUGUGCCACCAAGCACAUGGAUGAGCUGGGGCAGGACCUGGAGUCAAGGCGUUUUGCUUUGUUAAGCAGUAUCUCUGCCGCUGUGGCGGGCAAUGCUCGUGUGGUAUCACUUCUCGGUGCCAUGUAUGGUGUAUCAGCGUUGGUCAUCCAUGCAGUCCUACUGACCAUUCGGAGCACCCAGCUGGCUGUACACCUGAGAAAGGCAAGGCUGGAGUGGAAUGUUUAA